CGUAAGUCUACGAGGCGGGCUCAUUCAAAAUUCGUCAUAGGAAUUUAGCUAGCUAACAUAUUUGACGGUUUUUCACUGUGACUAGCUCUUGUUAGGUUAGCUACAGAUUCUGCAAAUGCUUAUAUGUUUGGAAGAUGUGGAGUAAUGUUUUAAAUGAACGUAAUAUAUCGUGUUACUUGCCAGCAAGUACGAUUAGUUUUGUUUGUGUUAGCUAUCUAGCUAGCUGGUUUGCUUAGCAGUUUUUUGUUAACCUAGUUUAUGAACAGUGACACCUAGGUUAGUUCACACGAAUUCAGUCAUAAUCCUUCUAUGAAGACUAUUUUAAGUAACUUUACAACGUAAUUACAUUAUUUAUACCAAACUCCAACACGUUAGAUAGCUAUCUUAAUCAUCAGGUUUAAAAGUUUCUAGCUAUCAUGAAUACCUGGGACCUUAAUCCUUACACGGUGACGCCAGCAACAAAGGUUUUGUCGAGAUGUGUUACCACGGGUACAAUGUCCCAGAAAGAUCUUGACACUGUUCCCAGGCAGGAGGUGUUUUCCUCUCGUCUUCUUGAAGUUGAGCAGCUGAGUAGAAUCAAGCGUGAUCUUGACCAGGUGAAUUUGGAUAUGGAGUUCUUAAGACUUGAGAAGAGCUUUGCAGAUGUUGCUCACAAUUAUUACCUCACUCCACGGUUUGUCUCCUUACAACAGUUCACCUCUCAUCUUCAGGAGGUGCUAAGAGAACAGCCAAGUUUACGACAAAGGCUUAUGAAACCUCUUUGUCAGCAGAACAUGCCUAUACCAGCUGAUCUUCAUAGAUAUGUGGUUGAACUCAUAGGAAUGAUUGUGGAGUUCAUUGAAAAUUUGGAAAUGAAAAUUAAGAUGAUAUGUUUGAUUCCAGCCACUGAUGAAUUUUUAAAUAAUCUGAACAAUGCCAUCAAUCAGCUACUGGCUCUAAUCACUGAGGUGGAGAGUCUGUCCAGGCAAGUCCUUCAGCGACGGGGCCAGGCAAAGGACAAUGUCAAAGACAUGUCUAGUUAAGAGAACGUGAACUUCAGAGUAAAUAAACACAACCACUGAACAUUCGUUUUGUAACCAUUACUUUAUUCACCACGUUUUACACUUUUGAAGUGAAUUUGUAGCAUCUGAUUUCUGUUGAGCAUCGGGGUGGCAGCUUUGAUACUUAAGAAAUCUAAAGAGAUGAAUUGGGAGGAAUAAAAAAAAAAAAAAAAAAA